CUUGCCGUUUUUACCCAGCCUGCUCCGCGCGGCGGUUCCCGGAAGUGGCCCUUGCCUGCUAGGUAAUCGGGGCGUUUAUGUGGCUGUUCUUGGUGGUUUGGCGACCUCGACACUAGGGGACGGAAAUCAGAGGGUCGAGGGCGGGCCGUGCUGGCAACAUGGCCGGGAGUCAGGACAUGUUCGAUGCCAUCGUGAUGGCGGAUGAGAGAUUCCAUGGGGAAGGCUUUCAGGAAGGCUAUGAAGAAGGCAGUAGUCUGGGUAUACUUGAAGGAAGACAGUACGGAACGGAGCAUGGAGCCAGAAUUGCAUCUGAGAUCGGGUGCUACCAGGGCUUUGCUCUUGCUUGGAAGUGUCUGCUGCACAGCAGUGCUGGCGAGAAAGACAGCAGAAAGAUGAAGGUUGUGGAGGCACUGAUUGGCAUGAUCGAGAAGUUCCCCUAUGAUGACCCCACUUACGAUAAGCUGCAUGAAGACCUAGACAAAAUCAGAGGAAAAUUCAAGCAGGAUGAAGAGGUGAAUGAGAAGUUCUGCCUCCUACUAGGACCUUCCUCACAGCACUGCAUCUUCAAUACGAGCAGAACAGGCCACACUUCUCUCACCAUCUGGGGCUGGCAGUAAGUGGCAAACCUCAGGCUUCCUGAAGCUCAGCUGGCUGAACGGUGAAUUUCCUGGGGCCAUUGUCUAGAUGUCCUCUCAUCCACAGCCACACCAGUUGAGCAGAUGGAGGCAAAAACAGAUUCAGUGAAAAAGGACUCAUGUGGGGAGGUGUGGGAGAGGCAGUGACCCAAGGAAAGCUCCACACUGGGCCUGUCUCUCCCGAAGCAGAUGCAGCCUUCAGAGAGCCACGAGCCAGGGCGCUCAGCUGUCUGAGAAGAUAGUAGGGAAGACGUGUACCCCGAGCAGGCAGUCCUGCCAGAUGUAGAGGUCUGAGGGAAAAACAGAGCUUGUUGCUGGGUCGCCCUUGCCCGUUGCUGGUGAGGGCACCUAGCCUAUUGCUGCUGCCCUUCACUGACCUCAGACUCUGGCUUGUGCACUCUUCCAACAUGGACUAAAGACCAGGCAAUCCUCCAGGCCUUCAAGCCCCGAUUGGGACUGCUGAGGCCUCUCAGCCUCUCCAGCAUGCAGACAGCCAUCGUUGGCACUGCCCAGCCUGUAUCCUGUAAGCCAGUCUAAAAAACUCCUUUUGUAAUACAGGUUUACUCGGCUGUCCUGUCCUUGACCGACGUAGGAGUCAACCUGAAGUUGACCACAUUAACUGCCAGGGGUGCUCAUCCCAGUGUCCCUGGAUGUUGACGACAGAACUGAUGAGCAAAGCAGGAAACAAGUGAGGUGGUGAGAGAGAAACAUGACACUCUGCCCAGUGUCUCAUGGGACCCUAGAAGCCUGAUGGUUAGGAACUAGCCACCAGAGGUCAGUGGCCAUGGUUUAGCUAGGACCUCAGGUAAUUUUCCAAGAUGGAAAGUCACUCCUUGCUGAUCACCUUCCCCACACAGCUGCUGACUCCUCAGCAGGCUGACCUCUUUCUAUGUGCCUUGCAGGGCCCUGCCCCUCAUUGCUUUCAGCUGAUCAUCCAGGCUAUGGGUUGCAGACUUGGAGGGGAUUUCUGUCUUAGGUUCUUCCUGGACAGAACACUUGUCUUCCCCCACUGGAGAGUGUUCAUGAACCUGGAGACCCCAAGUACCCUCUGCAUGUCAUGGACCUGAAGACUUAGGGAGUUCUGAUCCCAUUCUUCUUGCAGGGGGCAUAGUGGACCUUGCUGUUGCCAGUGGAUAUGUACCUCUGAAACAGGAGCUCACAAGACUGCCCUCAAGAGCUCCAGGAGACCUACUAGUAGAAUUAUGUCCCCAAAAGAAGUCUCAAAGUCAGGGUGCCCUGCACGUGUGAGUGUGGCAUGCUUUGGAAGCAGGGCCUUUGCAGAUCCCGGCAAGCUGAAAGUUCCAUUCGGGAUGUACCGGAGGGAAGACCCUCCAUCCAGCAUGGCCGGGUCCUUUCAUACUUAGAUGCUGAGAAGUGAGUGGCUGGAGGAGGAAGCCACCAGGAGCUCCACACACAGACCCAGGGGAGCCAGUGGAGACAGACGGAGGUUGAGACCCAGGUUGUGUAGACAUGAGCAAGGGGUGCCAAGUGAGAGGGAAUAGGAAGUUAGGGUGACUGGACCCCUGAAAGCAAAACAGACAGGAAAGUUUGCACUUGCUAGAAAUCAAGAAUGACCUGACUUCUUAUCUCUUUCCUAAUUCCCUAGACCUGUUUUUCCACAGACAA